GCGGGCUUCGAAGCGUGUACGAUAAAGUUGGGCCAAGAAAACAGAGUCCCGGUCCCGCCAGCCCGUUCUCUGCCUUCAAAGAAAUGCACCGGCAAAAGAUAGCGUGCACAAAGGUGGAGCCUUUUCUGGCCAAUAAACGAUGGAACAUCAUCACCGUCGUCAUGCUUCCCACACCCAGAAUCCAGAUAGGUAGAUAGAUAAAUCCAGAAGCAGAGACAUUUUCGAGUUCCGAGUUUCGGUUUCAGUUGGUUCGUGGAGUUGGAAAGAAUGGAGGGUCUGACUCUGGUCCGACCCUUUUGCUGCUCAAAUGCAUCAGCUGUUUCUCCUCCGCGAGCACGACCCUUUCUUCAUCCUCUUCGUCUUCACCAACUCCCAAUGGCUUGUCUCCUUCCGCCUUCUUCUCGCGUCCGUUCGGUCGGGUCGGUCGUAUGCUCGACCUCUAAUGACCAGCUCAGUCAGAGCGUUGAAGCCGAUUCAAGAGACUGGGCGAUGCAAGAUUUCUACUCCUUGAGAAGAGAGGUGGAAACUGCAUCUGCCCGUGUCGAGGAUAUCAGGGCAUCUGCGGGUCUCCAACAGUUGGAGAAAGAAUUGGCACAUUGGGAGGUGAAAGCAUCUGAUGCCUCCUUCUGGGAUGACCGUGCUAAAGCUCACCAAACCCUCUUGGCAUUGACUGAUGUCAAAGACAAGAUCAGACUGCUUUCUGACUUCAAAACACAGGUUGAAGAGGCAGAAACUAUAGUCAUGUUAACUGAGGAAAUGGACUCUAAAGAUAGGGGACUUCUUGAAGAGGCUGCCAGUAUUAUCAAAGAGCUAAACAAGGCAUUGGAUCGCUUUGAGUUAACUGAACUCCUCUCUGGUCCAUACGACAAAGAAGGUGCUGUUGUUAAUAUAACAGCUGGUGCAGGUGGUACUGACGCACAGGAUUGGGCUGACAUGCUUCUCAGGAUGUAUGUGAGAUGGGGCGAGAAACAGAGAUAUAAAACAAGAGUUGUUGAGAAAUCCAUGGGAGAGGAAGCUGGGAUCAAGUCAGCAACUCUUGAAGUGGAAGGGCGCUAUGCAUAUGGAUAUCUAUCCGGUGAAAAGGGGACUCACAGGAUCGUCCGACAAUCUCCAUUCAAUGCAAAAGGUCUUCGUCAGACUAGCUUUUCUGGAGUUGAAGUUAUGCCUCUUCUUCCUGAAGAAUCUUUAAAUGUUGAAAUUCCUGAGGAAGAUUUGGAAAUUAGUUUUUCCAGAGCAGGAGGGAAAGGUGGCCAGAAUGUGAACAAGGUAGAAACGGCAGUGCGGAUCACUCACAUACCCAGUGGGGUCACUGUUCGCUGUACAGAGGAAAGAUCCCAGCUAGCAAACAAGAUUAAAGCGCUCAGCCGAUUGAAAGCAAAGCUACUUGUUAUAGCAGAAGAACAGAGAGCAUCCGAAAUCAAGCAAAUACGGGGAGAUGCCGUCAAGGCUGAGUGGGGCCAGCAAAUUCGAAACUACGUAUUCCAUCCCUACAAACUCGUCAAGGAUGUGAGGACGGGAUACGAGACAUCGGAUAUCACAUCUGUAAUGGACGGUGAGUUGGAUCCGUUCAUUAAAACGUACCUCAAAUACAAGUACAGCAUGUCAAUGUCAGCGAAUGAAGUUGGUCAGUAGGUUGUUUUUAUUAUGGCACUCGAGUUGGCCGGUCGGGCGUUCAACCGUUAUCAUUGUUGAAAAUGCUCUAUGGCAAAUGAAGUCGGUCCACGGGUUGUUUUUAAUACGCGAUCCAUGUUUUUUGGGGAAGGGGCAUCUGUGUCAUGGAACUUUCCCCGCUAAGAAUGUACAUGACGUAGGUUGGUCGUUAGUUGAACGAUGCCUUAAGAGGAUCCUUGGGCUUUCUUCUUGGAUAAUUCUACACAAGCACAA